CUUAGAACACAUUCUAGAACAAUUAUAGUAAAUUAUAAUAUUUAAAGAUUCUAAAUUUUAUUUAUGGAUUGAUAAAGUUAAUCUUUUUAGGUAGUGCGUGUCUAAGUAGCAGUUUUUACGUUUGUUUUAUAUUAAAUGUAAUUUCAAUAAAUUUAUUUUCCUCUUCAAUAGUAUGUCGACAAACUUUGUUGUUAAUAUUUCGACAAAAAAUUUUCCUCAACUCAAUAUGUCAUUAGAGCAUAGAUAUUCAAUGAGACAUUUUUUGCAACGUAUGUAUUCACUAUCGCUCAUGUAUUUUCUACAGGAUUAAAUUCGUAGUGAUAUGGCGGUAAACGGAGUCUAAUAUGACCGUGCUGUUAUAGUAUUUCAUCUAUCUUUACAAAUCUCGUCUUAUUUUGCUUCACUGGUGGUAGGACUUCGUGCAAGCUCGUCUAGGUAGGUACCACAUACUCAUCAGAUAUUCUAUCGCAAAACAGCAGUAUUUGGUAUUGUUGUGUUCCGGUUUGAAGGGUGAGUGAGCUAGUGUAAUUACAGGCACAAGGGACGUAUCAUCUAAGUUCUCAAGGUUGGUGUAGCGCAUUGGCAAUGUAAGCGAUGGUUAACAUUAAUUACGAUGCCUAUGUCUAUGGGUGUUGGUGACCACUUACCAUUAGGUGACCCAUAUGCUCGUUCGCUUACCUUUACUAUAAAUAAAAGAAUCAGUUGAUAUAACUGAGGCUUAAGCUUACAUUUAGCUUAAGUUUUGCUUAACUUUUUAGCUUAAGUUAAUCAUUUAUUUUUAUAAUGAAUUUUCGAGCUAUAAUUACAAUUCGGUGCAGGAUUUUUAAUUGAAUUUUAAUGGCAUGGCACUUCUAACGCUACUUAUGCGAGAGUUCAAGACACGUGGUAGCACAAACUUAUUUAUUCCGCAUUCCGCAAAAACGUCUCUAAGUUUAGUUACCUGUCUUGUAAUUAUCUAUAAAAUAUAUUUAACAGGGCUAUGCCAGAAGGCUAUAUUUGGCUAGGAUCUAGGUAUUUUUAUAUAAGUAUCCUGGAAAAAUAGUGUCUUAAUAUACAGGAGAUUUUCGAGCUACAAUUACUCCUCAAAUGUCGCUGUAGACGCUUUUUAAAUGCGCAACAAUUUCAAUUCCAAGGCAAUUUUCUUUCUAUCUUGUUUAUACGUAAUCAUGCAGUACGUAGCCAGACCAGCUGUAGUUGUUCAAACGUAUUUCCGUUUUCACUGCAACUUUUUUAUUAUCGCAGUCGUGGCGUCAUAAUUGAAUCGGAUUGCUCUUCAGGAUUAGGUAAAUGUAAUUACUCAUGUAAACGCACCCUUACGUAACAUAUUUACAUCAAAUAUGCUUGUGGUACGCCUAUUAUUUAGGUUCUUAAUUUAAAAAGUAGGCAAAGCUCUAAUGACAUUGAAGUUUUGACAGUCAAAUUUAGAUUAAAAAUUGGAUAACAAUAUAAAAAUUUUUGUACAAGUAAAUAAAGUAAAAAAAUAAUUAUUCCCGUUAAAAAAUAAAGUGAAGCUAUGAAACUAAAAUCCAAUAACGUUUGACGAAAAUAUUUACCAAAAUGGAAAAUGAUGUGGAGUUCGACGAAUUUUGUGAUCCUAACAACCCUAGAAAAAUCAAAUAUGACGAUAUUUUGGCUGCUUCGCGUCGCAUUGUUGGGACUAUUGUCAAAACACCUUGCACGAGAGCUCACAUGUCAGAUAAACUAAAUAUGGAAAUAUAUUUAAAACAAGAGUUUAUGCAGUAUACAGGCUGUUUUAAGGAACGUGGUGUUCGAAAUACAUUACUAUUAUUGUCGGAGGAACAGAAAAAGAUUGGUGUGAUAUCAGCAUCAACUGGUAAUCAUGGGUUAUCUAUGAGCUACCAUACUACACAGCUUGGCAUUCCUUGCAUCGUCGUGAUGCCAACUCGAGCGCCAAUAACCAAACUCACAAAAUGUCAAUCAUUCGGCGCCAAAACACUGCUGCAUGGUGAAAACAUGGCUGAAGCUAAACAUUAUGCUAUGUCUUUAUCCAAAGAGAAAAAGUUAUAUUACGUCAAUGGAUACGAUCAUCCCUAUGUGAUUGAAGGACAAGGCACUAUAGGAAUUGAAAUUAUAGAACAAGUCCCGGAUGUAGAUGCUGUUUUAAUACCUGUGGGUGGGGGCAGCCUUCUGACUGGCAUCGCGAUUGCUGUAAAACACCUUAAGCCUGAUACCGAAAUUUAUGGUAUACAAACCGAAAAAACAUAUAGUAUGGUAGAGGCGUUAAAGAGAAACGAAAGAGUAAGAAUAACCAUAGAUUCCACGUUAGCUGAUGGUCUGGCAGUUAAUUUGGCAGGAGUAAACACAUUUCAUAAUUUGAAAACCGGAAUUGUGGAUAAAAUGGUAAUCGUUAAAGAAGAUUGGGUAACGCGUGCCAUAAUGCACUUGGUCGAAGAAGAAAGAUACGUCGUAGAAGGCGCCGCAGCGGUUACCAUAGCGAGUAUAAUGGCAGGCCUCUUCCCUAAUCUAAAGGGUAAAAAAGUAGUAUGUGUAUUAUCGGGUGGUAAUAUCGACACAACGACACUUGCGCGAGCUCUUGAGAGGGGAAUGGCAGCGGAGGGAAGGUUGGUCAAGUUUAAGGUGACGGUGAGCGACCGGCCAGGAGGUAUGGCUGAGCUGUGCGGGUUGUUAGCCAAUCUCGGUGUAACGCUGCGAGACUGCAUUCCUGAACGCGCUUGGGUUAAGGGUGAUGUUUUUAGUGUAGAGAUGAAAGUAAUAGCAGAGACAAGAGGGUGGGAUCACACGAAAGAGUUAAUCGAGUCAAUAAAGCGAAAAUACAAAGAUUGCUUUUUCCAUGAAGCAAAUGAAAAGGCUGAUAAAGCGCCGGGAGCCAAGCGUGGUCCCUGUCUAGCGCCAAAUCCAGUGUGCAUGCAGAAAUAAUUAUUUGUUCAAACGAAGAUUCUUUGAUACUAUUGAUUUUUUAUUGUUAUUUAUAACAUGAUUAUAAUGACUUAAUAAAUAAACAAGUU